CACAUCACGUUUGACUUACGGGAAGCUGGUCAUCGUCGUCGCCGUCGCCGCUCCACAUCCCCGUACGCCGACGAGGCAUACUUUAAGGUGGCGGCAUUCGACAACGACUACCACGUCGCGGUGCAGGAGAGCAGCGCAAUGUUCAGCGACCACUCCGUCAUCGAGCUGAUGGGAGCCGAGGGCAAUGUCACCCAUCGGCAGCCCAUCAUGGCGCCCACGCACUGCUACUAUCGUGGACACAUCACCGGUGCUAAUGACUCGCUCGUAGCCUUUAGUACGUGCAAGGGAAUGACGGGUGCGAUAUUCUCCCCCGAUGACGCCUUCUUCAUCCAUCCGUUACCGCCGUACCUUCUCAACCACAGCGCUAACGCGCACUCGCACACGCACAUGGUCGUUCGGCGCUCAGUCGACUCUGACACCUCGGGGCCUGGGGAUCGCAAACACUGUGGCGUCGGCCUACGAAAGAAUCCUGCAGGCUAUAGGGAAGCGCAGUACAACUACAUCCCGUUCUACGCGGCCAUGGACGAAGUCAGGUCCAAGUUCAAUCCGAAGCGCAAAAACGUGUACAGCCAGUACGGGCCGAUGUACAUCGAGACGGCGCUGGUCGUCGACACCUACAUGUAUGAGCAGCAUGACCGGGACCAGGACGCCUUGAAAACCUACCUGCUCACUCUCAUGAAUCUGAUGCAGGCUGUGUUUAGUCCGGAGAGCACUGGGCUGGAUAUCACCCUCCACGUGACUCGUAUCAUCUAUCUUACUGAUCACCAGCCUAAUAUGCCGAUUGGUCAUGACUCCGUCGCACUUCUGGACAAGUUUGGUACAUUUCAGCAGCGACUUAAUCCCGUACAGGAUAGCAAUUUCAUACACCAUGAUUUCGCCAUGCUGCUUACCGGGUUUGACCUAUGUGCCGCUGACAAUCGUGCCGGUUGCGGUGAGCUGGGCCGUGCAUACAUCCAGUCCCUGUGCAGCCCGACGACCAGUGCUGCCGUGGUGCGCGACCGCGGUAUACAGAACGCUGUCGUCAUGGCUCAUGAGCUGGGACAUGUAUUAGGCGCAUACCACGAUAGCAGUGUGUGCUCGCCCGACGAGGGCUACGUCAUGGUUGGCUCGGCCACCAACACCAAGAAGUUCUGGCAGUUCUCCGACUGCAGCAAGGCCUACUUUCGCAGCUUUCUGGGAACUGACGAGACCCAGUGUAUCCUAGAUUGUCCACUGCAGCACCAUAGCCUUGUUGUCCAUGACUACAUGUUGCCAGGGCAACGCUAUAGCCGGGAGCAGCAGUGCCAGUUUCAGUUCCCGAAUCACACCUUCUGCUCCCGGUUCAGGCCCGAUGAGAUGUGCCAGACGCUCUACUGCGACCAGGGAGACAGGCUGCGUGGAUGCUGGACUACCUACCAACCUGCUCUGGACGGAACCGAGUGUGCGCCGGGAAAGGUUUGCUAUCACAACGAGUGUGUCGAUUUGGAAACUCUGGAGGUGCCGCGCCGGCCCGAGCUGCUCGCCUGCCAGCGGCUGAGCGGCAACAGCAACAUCCGUGCUCGUCAACGCCAGGCGCUCGUGCACACGAAGCGCACUCGCCAGCCGGUGGCCGGCGGCUGGACGGACUGGACCGAGUGGUCCGACUGUACGCUGACCUGCGGUGAUGGAUACUCGCAGCGACGUCGCGAGUGUGACAACCCGGAGCCUGCUAACGGUGGAGCGGAUUGUGAAGGUCGUAGCGUGGAUAUCCGUAAAUGCAUCCGACGGCCGUGCACUCAGAACGCAAACAGCAUAAUAGCUCAGCCGGUGCGCGACGCUGAGGACGUGUGCACCCGGCUCAGCACGGCCGAAACCGGGCACCUGGUGCCGUUCAUCCCGGUGAACUCGACGGACCACUCGUCUUGCCGCGUGCUGUGUCUGAACGCCGCCGAGCCGAGCAGCCGCCCGCUGGACGUCAGCGUGAGCUUGCCGGACGGCGCAGACUGUAAACACCCGGUGGACGGUGGCUUCGUCGACGGCAAGUGCCUGGACGGGACGUGUACCCUGGACUUUGGCUGUGAUGGCAAUCUUGACUCUGGCUAUCAGAGAGACGCCUGUUACACAUGUGGAGGCAGCGGAGGCUGUUGCAAAGUGUAUCACAAGACUGUUGAGCCAACUGCCAGAAACAGACGCGGCUUGCACCAGUUAGUCAAGAUUCCGGUGAGCGCGGACAACGUCAUCAUUCGGCAGAAGCACUAUUCGGAGCUGUUCAUGCUCAGCAUCAGCUCCGGCGACACGUAUUUCAUGAACGAGGACGACUACCGCCGGAAGAAGUUUGUCCACGUGGCCAUUCCGCCGCGCAAGAAUGCCGUCUUGACGUACCACCGGCCUCACGACUCGCCCGACGUGGCUACGGUGCUGGGUCGCCUCUACACGGCGCUGACCGUUUACUCGUUCAAACGCAGCGGCGAGGGGAGCAGCGUGGAUCCCGGCGUGGAGGUCAGCUACACGGUCGGCGUGCCCAACGCGUGCACAGACGUUUACUACUGGCGUGAGAACUACUCGCCAUGCAGCACCACGUGUGGCACUGGCACUCGUGUAGUCUACAUCACUUGCAAUCGACGCAUAGACGGCAGGGCGGUGGACUCUCGGCAGUGUCGUCGCUAUCGGCUGAGAGGAGAGAAGCGCAACGCAACCGAGUCGUGUCAAUCAAGUCAAGAGUGUACCAGCUCAUCAGCGUACGAAUGGCGUCGCUACAGCUGGGAUACGUGUAGUCGGCCGUGUGGUGGUGGAGAGCAGCGGCGUGACGUACGCUGCUUUGAUAAAAGCACCGGCAAACGCGUCGCCGACAGCAGCCUGUGUACGGAUGAGAGGCCUUCCGGGCUACGACAGUGCAAUCACGUACUGUGCGCCGAAGGUAGACUCGUUUGGAUCAACAAGAGGUGGUCACCAUGCUCGGCAACAUGUGGCCAAGGUGUUCAGGUGCGGGCCGUGGUGUGUCGUCAGUACGUUGGAGGCCAGCCGUUCAACGUGCCGCCGUACGUGUGCCAGAAGGCCAAGAUUGGAACGCAGCUGCCGCUGUACCGCAGCUGCACCGUGGAGCGACGCUGCAGUGGGGGUUCCUCUCGGCGGCCGCGUGUAUGCAAGGACACGUCACCGCUGUGCAAGGUGGUGCGGGCUGGUCGCGGGUGCUCCAAGCCAGGCAUGCGCGACCUCUGCUGCGACUCGUGCGUCUGAACCUAGCACAGUGCGUAUGUACUUUGUGAGCUAAUUCCGGCAAUUGUGUAGUCUCAUAGUGCUGUUGCCGUGGAUGCUGCACGGCAUAGUUCUGAUCUUCUUCCCUGGGUGUCUUCUGAGCGGCGAGGGCUGUCCUGAGGUGUCUUCUGAGCCUGAGGACUGGUGUACUUUGGGCAAGCAAGCAGCCGGGUAAUAACCCCCGGUUACAGUUUCUUGCAAGGACAAUCCCCAGGAACACGGCCGAUGGCUGAUGAUUGGCUUACGAUCGGCAUAAUAGUGAUGGUGCAAGCCUUCUUUCAGCGUGUUAUCAUGCUCUCACAUUGCUAGCAUGCUCUCAACGUGUUAGCAUGUUGCCGGACACACUUCGCUGCUGCAUCUUUGUCCAAGCAGAGAUUGUGCUUGCACUGCCACUAGUGCAAUUGUAAAAUUCCUCCUUGGCAUUAUGUUUCAUAAUCCCUCUCUGCCUUACAUUUUAUAAUCCUCCACUGUCUCAUGUUUCAUAUUUUUCUCUGCCUUAUUAUAUUCCGUCCCUGUCUACAGCAGUGGGCAUUCCGUCUCUAUCUAGACUAGUAUGAGUUAAGAGGUGCAACGAGAAGCAGAUAGACCCUAAAGCUGGCGUUACUAGCAACUCCAGUAUUCUCUAUGCUCACACCUUAGCCGAGCCUGCUGCGCCCAAUACCUCCUGCUAAUUCUGUCACUAACACAUGUACGUUAUCGGUAGUUGGGUUAAACUAGAUCUGCCACCAGUCUGUUGUACUCCUUUAUUGUUUGUUUUUGACUCGAUCGACCUGGUCGACCUUUCCUGCUCUGUCUUGAGAUUCCACUCUGCUCUGUACAUAGUCAUUCAGUCAUUGAUAAAAUGUUUCUCCAACUAAUGUAUAAUUAUUUUAAAAGCGGUUACUGUAAAUCCA